GAACGAACAAGCAAAUCUAAUCAGUUCUGUCGAAAAGAGAAAGUCGAAUGCAGAUCUCGAUUGAGGCAUUCCUUUCGCGACACCCUGUAUAUGUGGCGUCGCUGGUGUGCGAUCGCACAGGUGAUGUACUCUUUAGCUGUAUAAGGAGCUCGACGGCGAUGGCCAUCGCCGUUCGAUAACACGACAGAUCGAGCGUCGAUAAACGUCCACUGUUUACAACGCGCUCAAGUCUUUUUGUUGAACCGUCGUGUCGAAUCUUGAGCAGGUCGAAUGAUAAUAUUCAGAUUCGCACGAAAAAUUUGUGAGAGGAAAAUGGAUGACGAGAAGGCAAGCUGCGCGCACGACGACAAGAAGGACGCAUCGCUGUCACUGCUGGAUCUCCCGGUUGAGAUAUUCCUGCAUAUAUGCUCCUUCUUAGAGGCGUCGACGUUAGUACACAGUUUGAGCCUGGUGUGCAAACAGUUCAACCUUAUUUUAAAGGAUGAUUCACUGUGGAAAGCGCGAAUUAACCAUAUAUGGCCGGAUGCUAGCUACCCGUUCCUGAGUCCCGCGAGGCCCGACGAAUUGUUUUGGAAGUUGUCGUGCGUUGCGAUCGAGAAACAAACGGCGCUAUGGAAACGACGGGAUUCCAUGGAGAAAUUGGUGAUCGGGAACCCACAGUGCAGCACGAUGGAUGCUCUGUUACUGAUGCAUGGUGGAAAAACCUGUAUAGCUGGUGGCAGAAAUCGCACCCUGGUUUACUGGAGACUUUUCGAGGAAGUCUAUCUACCGCCUCAAGAACUUGAGAACCCCGCCUGCGUAGAUAAUGCACACGGCGGAUGGAUCUGGGAUCUGACGGCGAUACGCAACACGAUCUACAGUUGCAGUUGGGAUCAGACCGUCAGGUCGUGGGCGCUCGUCGACUGCGGUCUCGUCAAACAGAGAACUUACGAAUUGUACGCGAGGGACGGGCAGGGUGCGCUGCUAUGCGUGUCGUCCUGUCCAGAGCUGUCCAUCUUUGCGGUCGGCUCGUACGGCAAGACCGUGUUUGUGUUCGAUGCGAGAACGGCGAAAAAGAUCUGUCAAUAUCAGUCGCAUACCGGGGCCGUGAUUAAGCUGGCCAUGAACUCGGAAUACAUCCUGUCCGCCAGCGAGGACAAGACGGUGUCCGUUUGGGAUCAGAGAGCCGGACGGACCAUGAAGUCUAUCACAAUUUCAGGCGAAGCGUUCCCCAGGUGCAUAAACAUGCAACGGGAUUGGGUUUGCAUUGGGGACAACACCGCGAAGUUGCAUGUGCUAGAUCCAAAGAACAAUUUCGAACUAGUGAAAUCAUACGCCACUGAGCAUACGAAGGGGAUAACGGGGGUGCAUCUAGCGGAGGGAUGUCUGAUAACGAGCUCCACGGACGGCACUGUCAGAAUUUCCAGCCCGACGGAUCCACCAAGGCCCAUUGCUACUUUUAAUUCGGGGUUCGGAGAGAUCGCCAGGAUGGACUAUCUGAAUGGCACUCUCGCGAUAUCUGGAAUCGAUAUCGCGGUGUGGCGCCCAAAACUGACGUGUUCAACGAAACGUUAAUAAACAGAGAAUUUCUAUACGUGUUCUAUAGCUAUUUCGUAGCUAUAUUGCUUUUAUAUGCAUAAUAUAUUCUUAGUUUUUACUAAGAUAUUAUUUUAAUGCCUCUCUAACGUACAGUGUGAUAUACAUAUAUCGUUUCGUAUAAUUAGAUGUACCGUUUUUGUUGAAAAUUCGUUUUAGUAAAAACUUUAACUAACAUCGCUUAUAUUAUAAACUAAGCGAUAAUGAUGAUAGCUAUAAUUAUAAGCCGAACUUAUAAUUACAGCAUACAUGGUGCUUUUACGUUACGACCAGAACAAGAGAAAACAUAUUUUUAUAGUAUUAGUUAAGUUCCAUUUGAGCAUUUAAUAUAUUUAUACAAUACAUUGCAUAAUAUCGUAUGUCGUAUUAUCGCAUCAUUGUUUGUCGUUCUGCAGAUUUUCUGAGGUGUUAUACAAGGUGUUACAUUUUAAUAUAAUUUAUUUUCUCGACGUUGAAACUGCCGCAUGCGGCUCGAGAAGCAGCGACGUUUAGGAAAAUCUUCGAAUACCAGAGUCUAUUUAUAACAUUUAUAAACGAAAAUACAUAAUAAGUGUAUUCGAAUAAUAAAACAAAUGUCUCAAA